GCGACAGCGGCGACAGCGGCGACAGCGGCGACAGCGGCCCGGCCCCGCCAUGGACCCCGCCAACUGGAGCAGCUUCAUCUUCCAGGCGGCCGCCCCCCCUCCCCCCACGGGCCCGGCCGAGGCGCUGCAGGUGGAGCUGCUGCCGGUGCUGCCCCCCCAGCCCUCCCCCGGCCCCUCCGCCGCCACCACCGUGGACGCCGCCGCCCUCAAACCCCCCGACCCUCCUCCUCCUCCUCCUCCUCCUCCUCCUCCUCCUCCUCCUCCGCCGCCGCCUCCGCCGCCUCCUCCCUUGGCCCCGUCGCCCGUCGCCGACCCCCCCCCGCCGGUGCCGGUGCCGCCGCCGGUGCCCCCCGCCCAGCGCAAGGCCCGCGGCAAAGGCCCCUACGUCUGCUCCCUCUGCGCCAAGGAGUUCAAGAACGGCUACAACCUGCGGCGCCACGAGGCCAUCCACAGCGGCUCCAAGACCCCCCGGCCCCCCGCCGCCGCCAUGAAGAUGCCCACCAUGGUGCCCCUCAGCCUCCUGAGCGUGGCGGGGGGCGAUGGCGGCGGCGGAGGGGGGAUGGCGGCGGCGGCGGCGGGCGGCGCGGCGGGGGCCAAGCGGGCGCGGAAGAGCCACGCCUGCGAGAUGUGCGGCAAGGCCUUCCGCGACGUCUACCACCUGAACCGCCACAAGCUGUCGCACUCGGACGAGAAGCCCUACCAGUGCCCCGUCUGCCAGCAGCGCUUCAAGCGCAAGGACAGGAUGAGUUACCACGUCCGCUCCCACGAGGGGGCCGUCCACAAGCCCUACGUCUGCAGCCACUGCGGCAAGAGCUUCUCCAGGCCCGACCACCUCAACAGCCACGUCCGGCAGGUCCACUCCACCGAGCGUCCCUUCAAGUGCGAGACCUGCGAGGCGGCGUUUGCCACCAAGGACCGGCUGCGAGCCCACACGGUGCGGCACGAGGAGAAGGUGCCGUGUCACGUCUGCGGGAAGCUGCUCAGCGCCGCCUACAUCUCCGACCACAUGAAGGUCCACGGGCAGGGCCCCAACCACGUCUGCGAGCUCUGCAACAAAGGCGCCGGCGAGUCCUGCCCCAUGGCGGCCCCCGGCCCCCCGGCCCCCGCCGUGGCCGUUCUCCCCAUGGAGGGGGCCCCGGGGGGCAGCCAGCCCUGGUGAGGGCCUGCCCCACGGCGCCUGCCCCACGGCGCCUGCCCCACGGCCAAGGAGAGACCCGCCGCCGAGGAGAGACCCACGGAUAUGGGGUGCCCCACGGAUAUGGGGCCCCCCAUGGCGAUGAGGAGCCCCAUAGCCACCCGGAACCCCGCCUGCCCCACGGAUAUGGGGCGCCCCACGGAUGCGGGGCGCCCCAUAGCGAAGAGGAAACACAACCCCCCCCCACCCAGCGACGACGCGGCUCUCCCGCCCCACGGAUAUGGGGCGCCCCACGGCGACGAGGAGCCCCACGGAGAUGAGGAACGCGCCCACCUGCCCCACGGAUAUGGGGCGCCCCAUAGCGACGAGGAGCCCCGUAACCAGGAGGAGCCCUCCCUGCCCCACGGAUAUGGGGCGCCCCAUGGCAACACGGCCACGAGAAACCUCUCCUGCCUCCCCGUUGUGGGGCGCCCCACAGAUAGGGGGCGCCCCACGGCGAUGGGAAAUCCCGCGGCCAUGAGCAACGUCUCCUGCCCCAUGGAUAUGGGGCGCCCCAUAGCGACGAGGAGCCCCGUAGCCACCUGGAACCUCUCCUGCCCCACGCAUAUGGGGCGCCCCACGGAUAACGGGGCGCCCCAUAGCGACGAGGAGCCCCACGGCGAA